AUGGAUAAGAAAAAAAGAAAACUACUGACAGAGAAAAGUCUAAGCGUAAUAGUUGAGAACUUGAGUGACUUAUCUGAUUUAUCCGACUACGAUUCUGAGGACGAUCCUUGUUAUGAGAAUAGCGUCCAUUCUCCCUCUUCGAGCAUCUUAAAUCAACCAGAUGAUUGCCUAAUAGAACGUCGUCUUGAACAAAUUUUUGGCCUUGAAGAUAAUUUAGAUGAGCAUACUGUAGAAGUCGAGCCAAUGCAUGCAGCACAUACAGAUUUCUUGUCAGAAAAUAAGGACCAACCUACAACGGCAACAAAAGACAUAGUCAGCAAUGCUAAUUCAAUAAAUUCUCUUUCUGAGCAAGAUACUUCUAAUAAUCCACUUCAAGUUCACGGAACAAACGCAACAGAUAUGCGUGUCAAAAAAAUUGUACUAAUUGGAAACCAGUCACAGAACAAGAUAUCAGAGCAUAUCUAG